CUAGAUGACUUUCAGUAAGGAGUAUGACAUCGAACGAUGAAACGAAAAACAUCGAGCACGAUUCCAUUCGUGCUAUUUGCAGAGAAACUGUUCACGGUUAUGUGUUUUGGUCCUUGUUCCAAGGUCUAGGGCCUAUGAUAUGGUUUUACCCACUCAAUGAACUGGAUAUAUCUGGAUAUGAAGCCUUUGUUGCCACAUGGUUCUUUCCUCUUAUACUUGGUCAUCCAUCAGUUCUUCGCCUUGUCCAGAACCGAUGGGUCCUAGGUGUUCUGCGACUUCUGGUGGUGGCUAGCCUUGGCUCGUUUCAGGCUGGAACCACCCUCAGUAGACUUGCUAUACUAGCCUUUGGGGCAGGGAUCUCCAUGUGUGUAUUUACCGCCACACUAUGGAACCCAAGUCCAAGGAUAAGAACCAACACAUUUUGGGGACUAAUGCUUGGUCUAAUGUUGUUUGUGACUUCUCGUAUCUGGUACGUGUCAUUUAUUCCUACGUGGUGGAAUGAUAUCACAAACUCUGCUGUUAUUGCCAUAGCUACAGUUGCCGUUAUAGAUCAAGUUGUGUCAGGUGCUGACAUUGUUGACCACAAGGUAGGCGAGCAGACUUUUAUAGACCGUCCACGCUGGUUCACCACAGCCUUGGGGUUUGGUAGCCUGUUGUACCUCACACACUGGUGUUUUGGGGAGGUUUCCUUGAUAACACGCUGGACUGUCCGUGGUUACCCUUCACAUGGACCCCUUCCUAACCCUUGGGGUGCCUUGGUGCUACUCUGCCUUGCCAUGGGCGUGUACCUUUCACCACGACAACGACUGGCCCAGAGUAAGGCCUGGUGGCUGAUGGGACUUGUAGGUUUUGUUGCACUAUACUAUUUACCGACCUGGCAAGGAUACGCAGGUGGUCUAGUGUUAGCUGUGUAUACAAUGUCCAUCUGGCCGGAGAUGACUGACCGCUUGACCCUUUGUCCACCAGCCAGAACUCUUUUCGUAGUUAUGGUGGUGUAUCUUGUUGAAAUCUUUUUCUUCGUGUGGACUGUAGCCUACAACUUUGUCCCGGGAGGUGUUUACACACGUGAACACACUGACUACCUCAUACUUACUGUCAUGACGGGCAUCUUUCUUGGACUCUUUGCAGGAGGACAGAAGAAUAUACCGAGUCACACUGCACAUGCCGAAAUCAACAACAACAGCAACGUCACAAGUCAGACAACUAACGCAGAUACCAAUUAUAACAGAAUGCCGUCCAGAAAAGUAUUGUUAGUGUUGCUUGUCGUGACGUGUACUGGUUUGUUGGGAUUCGCUUCAAGAUUUCAAUCAAUGCCAUGCAACAUAAAACAGAAUCCAGUGGACCCAGAAAAGCCCAGAGUGUUCACAGCCAUGAUCUGGACCUACCAUUUUGGUUAUGACAAUCAAGGCUGGCCAAGUCUGGAGAGAUCAGCAAACUUGAUCAAAGACACAGGUGCUGAUGUAGUGACCUUACUGGAGAGUGACGCGUCCAAACCUUUUCUUGGUAACAAUGACCUUGGCCUCUGGCUUGGAGAGAAACUAGGCAUGUAUGUUGACUUUGGGCCUUCUACCAAAGACCACACCUGGGGAAAUUUGAUUUUGUCAAAGUAUCCGAUCAUCAAGUCUACUCACCACCUUCUCCCUUCCCCGCAUGGUGAGUUGGCUCCAGCAGUGACUGCUAGUGUCAACAUCAGCGGUCAAGCAGUUGAUUUCGUGGUCACUCACAUGGGCAAUGACCGUGACAUUCUGGACAGAAAGCUGCAAGCACAGUUCCUCGCCAAAGAACUGAAAAAAAGCCCAAAUCCGGUGAUAUUUCUGGGAUAUGUGACCUCUGCCCCAGGGAGUCGUGACUACAAACAGCUUCUAAAGAAAGGUCUUGUCAAGGACAUUGACCAGACUGACCGUGACAGAUGGUGUGAAUACAUUAUGUACCGCGACCUUAUCAGGCUAGGCUAUGCAAGAAUCACCCAUGGGGGUCUCAGUGACACUGAAGUUCAAAUAGCAAAAUUCCUGAUUCCUGAGGAUCAGCAUGAUUUCAAGGAUAAUGGCAAGGUGACCACUGAUUCCAGACAGGUCAACAAAAGUCUUCAUUUUAAUGUCAGAUUCGGUUCUUUCCAUGCUGGUCAUGGAUAUUUUAAAGGACACAAAUUCCAUAUGGAUACGCCCAAGUACUUCUUGCCUUAACCUCAUAGCCUUAUCUGUUUUGGAAGAACAGGUGUUCGUUUUAAAUAUUACAGACCAUCCGUUCCUGUCACAUACGACACUCCUGGAAAACGAGUUCCAGGUACAAAAUUUUGCCGUCCUCUCUAUCAACAUCACACAAUACAGAUGCUGCCUUACAUCUGAAA